AUGUUCGACAAAGAUGUCGAGAUACAAUCCAUACACAGCGAUUCCUCACAUACUGAUGUGGACGGAACAGAAGAAAAGAGAAAACAUCUAUCGUUGACUGAGAAAGGGGACAUUGAAGCAUACCCAGAUGGAAUCAAUGCGCAGCAGAAUGGAGCUGUCACAAGAACAAGUACAAAGAGCAGUUGGAAGGCUCUCGGACCACCACCUGACGGAGGCUUGAUAGGAUGGACACAAGUUGCACUAGGACACCUUGUCAUCAUGAACACAUGGGGUUUCAUCAACUCGUUCGGCGUCUUCCAAACCUAUUAUGUGACAGCCCUCAACCGUCCGCCGAGCGACAUCUCCUGGGUAGGAUCUAUCCAAGUCUUCCUUCUCUUCUUCAUCGGGACGUUCACCGGCCGCUUGACCGAUGCUGGGUAUUUCCGUCCCGUGUUUCUCGUAGGCUCCUUCCUUGGAAUUCUGGGCUUGUUCAUGACAUCUCUCUCAACAAGCUACUGGCAGUUGUUUCUUGCCCAGGGUGUGUGCUGUGGAUUGGGUAACGGAUGUUUAUUCUGUCCCAGCCUGAGCCUGCUCAGCACAUACUUCAGUAAGAAGAGAAGCCUUGCUCUUGGUAUUGCCGCAUCCGGUUCUGCGACCGGUGGAAUGAUCUUCCCAGCCAUGGUGCAGCAGUUACUCCCCAGGAUCGGAUUUGCGUGGACGAUGAGAUCGUUAGGAUUCAUCCAAUUGGAUUGCCUCAUCAUCUGCAAUCUUGGUAUCCGCCCACGAAUUCCACCUCGAAGAACAAGAGCACUCGUCCAUUGGAAGAGCUUCAAAGAGACACCAUACGUCUUGUUCGCAAUCGGAAUGUUCUUUAACUUCUGGGGUGUUUAUUUCGCCUUCUAUUAUAUCGGCUCUUUCGCCCGCUCGAUAAUUGGACUCCCAUAUGCUGAAUCGAUCAAUCUUCUGAUAACGCUCAAUGGUGUUGGCGUCCUAGGUCGUGUGGUCCCGAAUUACCUCGCCGAUCGAUACUUCGGCCCCAUGAACUCUAACAUCCCCGUCAUCCUUCUUUCAUCCCUGCUUUGCUUCUGUUGGAUUGCUGUAGAAUCGCGAGGUGGCCUUUAUGCAUGGGCUGUUGUGUAUGGAAUUGUAGGAGCAGCGAUUCAGAGCUUGUUUCCUGCGACAUUGAGCAGCUUGACGACAGAUUUGCGAAUGGCUGGAACAAGAAUGGGCAUGGUUUUCUCGAUUGUUAGUUUUGCGGUGUUGACGGGACCACCAAUUGCUGGGCAACUGAUCCAGAGAAAGGGUGGCGAGUAUACCUACGCUCAGAUCUUCGCCGCAGUGGAUUUGUUGGUAGGAUGUUGCUUCUUGGUCGGUGCUAGAUAUUCAAAGAGCCCUAAAAUUAGAGUAAAGAUUUAGAAGUGGAAGCAUGAUAGAUUGGAUUUGAUUAGAUCAGAGACUAGACAUAGACAGACGUAGAGUAGAACGCAUAGACAGACCAGAGACUCG